AUACAAGGAAGUGAAAUUCAGUUGUUGGCCUUUUACAAGUCUAGACUGGACUUUGGUUUUACUUUUAUUUUUCUUUAACACGAGGUGAAGCUGCACGAGACGCGUUCACUCUGCUGCACAGUUUUGAUCAGCUGGUGCUUCUUCACUGGACAAAGAUUCAGAACUUCAGGAUUUUCUUGGACUUUUUUCUAUCCAGUCCAUCGGUUUUCUCUCACUUCUCUUAAGUGAACUGUUGAUGGGGGACGAUCACCAACAGGUGCCGGGAGGAGCCAAGCUCCACAGGAACACUUUGAGCAGACCAGUUCGGACCUUCAGGGUGAAGAUGGUUCUCCUGGGCAGCUCUGGAGUGGGAAAGUCAAGUCUGGCACUGCGAUUUGUCAAGGAUGAGUUCAGGAACACAUCACCGACUGUAGGCUGUGCGUACCUGGCCCGGGUGGUGCAUCUGAAUCACGUCACCCUUCGCUUUGAGAUCUGGGACACGGCCGGUCAGGAGAAAUAUCACAGCGUGACCCCACUUUACUACAGAGGAGCUCACGCUGCGCUGCUCGUCUACGACAUCAGCAAAAGGGAAACAUUUAUCAGAGCUCAGGUUUGGCUCAAAGAGCUCCAGAAACAUUACAUCCCAGGAUCGACGGUCAUAUGGCUGGUGGGCAACAAGGGAGAUCUGGAGGAGGUUCGACAAGUCUCACUACAGGAAGGGCAGAAUCUGGCCGAUGAGAAUGGAUUAUUCUUUACAGAGACGUCAGCGCUGUCAGGGGAACAAAUCAGUGAGCUGCUUCUGGAUGUAGCCCACAGAGUGUACGAGUGUAUCGGAGCGCAGCAGGGAGGUCUGUCGGAGUGGCAGGAGACACCGUUUGUGCAUCUGCAUCACCGAAACACAUCCAAUCCUCUCUCAUCCUGCUGCAAAGUCGGACCCUGACCCUCAGUGACUGUCAAAAAGCAUUUUUCUGCCCGUCUUUGUCUGUUUUCAUCGUUGUAGAGCUGCUCGAGGUAACACGUGGGAUCAAAACAUCAAAUCUAUGGUUUGUAAAUUCUGGGCUUUAACUUCAUGAGAAGAGGUUAAACAAGGAUCUGAUUAUUCCUCUGUGGGUUUUACGAUGAACUCCCCCAGUCUCUGUUUGUGCCAGAUGUUGAACUGAUACCAAUUACUUUCAUACACUGUUUCCUGCCUUUGUUUUUAUAUAUCACUGAUCAAACUGAGCAUGGAUCCCUCAGGCAGAUUCCUGCUGAGUUUCCACAACAGAGUCCGUGUCAGUGUUAAUAAAGACGAUAAGCAUUUGAAGGUCUAACUGUUGGGAGUAUUCACACUCAGCACACUGUGGGGGAAUGACUUCAUUUGGAUGAGCAGAGUCAGAAGUGCCGAAGUGAAAUCUGACAGAGUUAUUGUUUUACUGGAUGUCACUCUUUGUCUGUACUCAGUGUAUGGGUGAUUACACCAGUGAUAUUGCUGUUUUUAAAGAAACAAUUCAAUAUUUAGCAAAAUAUGGAAUAUGGAUACUUUAAGCUGGCCUGGCUCAAGAUCCUCUGUCACCGCCAACAUCUCCAUUAUGAUCAACAAAUCAGACAUAUUCUGAUCAUUGCCAGGUUGAUCAUUUUACUUUUAGUUACUACAAGAACAGGUUUACAUGCACUAAUGCCCCCAAAACACGUCAGUUUUGUCAUUCUGUGUAUCUACAAUAUCUGUUGGACACACUCCUGUCUGACACCUCCUCCUGAAUACUCAGUCUCAUCUGAUUGGUCAGCUCACACAUGCCUGAGUCAGAACAGAUAACAACACCAGCACAGCUGUAUCAAUCAAUUCUUAAGAGCCAAACUAGUUGCUAGGUGUAAAUUACGCAGAUGUAUAUGACAUGGUAAUGUAGUGUGAUGUCACACCCUGUAAGGACACUCCCACACCCUGUAAGGACACUCCCACACCCUGUAAGGACACUCCCACGCUCCAUAAGGACACUCCCACACCCUGUGAGGACAACUCCACACACUGAAAGAUACUCCCACACCCUAUAAGGACACUCCCACACUCUGUAAGGACACUGUCACACUCUGCAAGGACACUCCCACACCCUGUAAGGACACUCCCACGCUCCAUAAGGACACUCCCACACCAUGUAAGGACAACUCUACACACUGAAAGACACUCCCACACUCUGUAAGGACACUCCCACACCCUGUGAGGACAACUCCACACACUGAAAGAUACUCCCACACCCUAUAAGGACACUCCCACACUCUGUAAGGACACUGUCACACUCUGCAAGGACACUCCCACACCCUGUAAGGACACUCCCACGCUCCAUAAGGACACUCCCACACCAUGUAAGGACAACUCUACACACUGAAAGACACUCCCACACUCUGUAAGGACACUGUCACACUCUGUAAAGACACUCCCACACCCUGUAAGGACACUCCCAUGCUCCAUAAGGACAUUCCCACAACCUGUAAGGACAACCCCACGCACUGUAAGGACACUCCCACACUCGCUAAGGAUACUCCCACACCCUGUAAGGACAUCUUCAAGGGACUGAAACAAGCCCAGUUGCCUACAGUACAGCAUUUUGUAUAUUUCCAUUCAGUGAAAGACUAAAUGAACACUGUUUACAGCUGCAUAAAUCCCUCUGUAUUUGCUCCACUGAUGGAGGACUGUUGCUGUUGCAUGUUCUGUUCUGGUAUAAUUAUUUGUAAAUAUGUGAUACAAAGGAAUGUGCUGGACUUUGGAUUACACUCACUCUGCAUGACAACACGCUCAUAAAUUACCAGAAAUAUUGUCCCAACGCUGCAGUAUUGAAAUGGUUCCACUGGUAAAAUACUAUCGAUUUUUUUUCAUUUGGCCGGUUGAAGCCUCCGUAUUAAACGCCUUCUAUCCCCUGCA